GUUACUUGCAAAGGAUUUUGACAUUCAGAAAAAACAACUCAUUCUCAUUAUAUCAAUUUUUCAAAAACAAAGAAUCACUCCUAGUUAGCUGAAAAAAUGUCUAAAAUCAACGAAGUGGCUUCGCUUUGUAAACAGUUAGAGUCCGAAUGGCAUUCCUCACACAGGAAUUUAAGCAAAUGUGAAAAACUACUCACAGAUUUGAAGCUUGAACUAACGAAUUUGAUCUUCCUACCAACCUCCAAUGUAAUUGCCUCCAAACAGGAGUUGCUUCUGGCCAGAAAUGUUCUCGAAAUUGGAGUACAGUGGGCGAUAGAAGCCAACAAUAUUUCAGCUUUCGAGAGGUAUAUGGCUCAGCUUAAAUGCUACUAUUUUGACUACCAUAACCAGCUAGGAGAAUCCGCGUACAAAUACCAGUUGUUGGGUCUAAAUUUGCUGUUUUUAUUGUCUCAAAACCGAGUGGCCGAGUUUCACACUGAGCUCGAAUUAUUGCCAGCUGAACAUAUUCAAAACGAUGUUUACAUCAGGCAUCCAUUGAGCAUUGAACAGUAUUUGAUGGAGGGCAGCUACAAUAAGAUUUUUUUGGCGAAAGGAAAUGUGCCAGCGAAAAGCUACAACUUAUUUAUGGACAUCCUACUAGACACAAUUCGUGGGGAAAUAGCCACAUGUUUAGAAACCGCUUUUGAGAAAAUAUCACCCAAAGACGCGGCAAGAAUGUUGUAUUUGCAAAGUGAAGAUGCUCUAAGGGCUUUGGCAUCAAAAGUAAGUUAUUGCAAAUCCGGAGAAAGUCAACAAGAACUUGUUCUUAAUCUCGUUCUAUUGCAGAGGAAGUGGAAGCUUGGCAAAGACAGCUUCUUCCAUUUUACACCAGAAGUGAAGAAGACGCAUGAGCCGAUUCCAUCAGUGGAGCUUGCUGAACAAGCUGUUGAAUAUGCUAAGGAAUUGGAAAUGAUUGUUUAAGCUAAUCUAAGAUGUUCUUUAAUAUAAUAACAUUUAUGAAUGA